UAAAAAAAUGAGUCAAUUAAUGGCAAUGUUUUUUUCUGUUUCUCUCUCCCCUAUCUUCUGCUGUACUUCCUUGUUUUUCCCCAUUGUGACAUCACAGCUGUUCACUAGUUCUUUGUCACUUGGCCUGAUGACAUCACAAUGUACAGAGAAGGUUAGGAGGAGACAACUGACUUUCCAUUUCUGAAUGCCAUUUCCAUUUUUUCCAAGCCAGGAGAAGAUGGAUAAAGCUAAUUUUUUUCUAACAAUUUUCUUUAUAUUUUUCUUAUUUCAAACGAGACAAUUCAAUAUCGUAGAUGCAAGUACAACUGUCACAACAACUAUGGAAAAUUCUAUUACUGAAACACUCAGCGUAACAACUCCUGAGAUUGAAGAGGAAGAUGAUUAUAUCGAUGAUGUUUAUUUGGAUGAUAAAGUGACUGCUGUUCCUACCACAACUACUGCUGUUUAUUCUAUUACAGAGGAGGACAUUUCAGAUGAAGAAGCAAUUCGUAGGAACGCUCAGUUUAUUUUUGAUGAUGAUAAUGAGAAAGAGGACAAUGCAGAUGAUAGUAGAAGUGCUGCUAUUGCUCAUGUUAAUAUAACAGAAGUUCGUCCUGCAGAUGGUUUCUUUGAUAAGUUUAAGAGGAUGCUGGACCAUCCAAUCAUGCAAACUGUCUUUAUUGCAUGUGUCAUACUUGGUGUAGUUGGCGCCAUACUCACAGUAUUUCUGAUAAAAUGGUGCAGAGCCAAGACUAAAAAAGUUGGACCAAAGGAAGCUGAGGAAGGCAAGACUGGGUUUGUACAGAAUGAAGAGAAGAAACAAGAAAGUAAAGGCUAGAUGUAUCCACAAAAUAUAAACAAAAGAGAAGUAGACAUAUUUCAAGCCAAUGUGGACACUGCGUAUAUUUGCAUAUGAAUUAUUUCCUGCUGAAAAAGGUUGAAUCCCAAACCAAAUCCUGGAUCUGAAG